CCAGAAUCCAAAUUGAGUUGAAACAAACAAUUGCACACAAGAAAUUUAAGAAAAGAAAAUAAACUCACACACAACAAAAGUGCAUAGCAGAACUGUGAUUAAAUAGAAUCACAAACACAUCCUUCCCUCCAUUAACAUUCCAAUGUGAUCUCAUAAGUCGAAGUUUCAGUAUAUAGUUGAUUUCAAAUGGGUAAGUGAUUCCCGUCCUUUUUUUUUGUAUUUUGAUCAGUAGUGUGUAUGUCCGCACUGAUGAUUUGAUCUGGUUGUUUUUUCCUCUGGGAUAAUAAUGUAAUUUAUCAGUAAUAUGUAAUCCAUGGAUUUUGUAAUAUUUAGAAGUAUAAUUUUAGUUUGAUUUGAUGUUAUUAUGUUUGAGAGAGUGAAAAUGAAGGAUGAUGAGGAGCUUGAGAUGUUGUUGGAUGAGAUCCCUCAUGUAACAUGCUUUGAUCAUCCAAAUAGCAUUAAUGGCGUCUGUUAUGAGUAUGAUCACGGCAGUGGAUCAGAUGUGCAGCAAAAAUUGAUUGAGAAUUGUUUGUAUGAACAUCACUCAUGGGUCUCCCUUGUAAGUGGAUUUUCCUUAAAAUCGGAUGGAUCUUCUUCAAGCUUGUUAUCAGGUGGAUCUCCCACUCUAUCCUCAUUUGAAGAUGUAAUUAAAUCUCAAUAUCAUUAUAGAAAUACUUCUGAUAAUAUAAAUAAAUUGAGGAUCGACCCCGAUUAUUAUCAUCAUGAUGAUGGUAAUAAUACGAGUAAUUUUUGUGAACUAAAUCUAUCAAGGAGUCUCAGUACAAUGCAACUUAAUGAGGUGGAGCAAGAGAGUGUUGCUUCAAGUAGCCCCACUGCUACUUUCUGGUCUCACAAUUACUCAAAUAGAAAAAAUGUGAGAAUGAUUUCCAACAAAUAUUUUGCUUCUGAUCAUCAUAGUAUGCAUGAGAGCUUUUAUGGUAUAACGAGACAUGAUAACCUAGGUGUUCUUGGUCAUCUGACCUCUCCAAUGGCAUAUAAUAAUGGUGGGCCCGGAAAUAAAAUGGAUAUAAAAUAUCAUAUCCAUCAUAUUGGAAUUCCACUAGUGGACUUACCAAAUGAUGUUACAAGCAGUAAUGGUAUUUCUGAUCUCCCGCGAUAUGGAGCUUAUGCUAUUGAAAAUUCUUCCAACAAUCUACCUAAAGUUCCUCACCUAAACUCUUGUAUGGGCUCAGAAAAUGGAAGGAGGUACAAGGCGCAUUCUUCAUGUGUAAAAAUACCUAUUAUGAGAAAGCUUGAGGUAUUUGAUUGGGAAGCCAAUUUGAUUGAUGAAACAGGCAAGGGACAUCACCGUUUUCUUAGGCCUCAAGAAAAGAGGUUUUCACCAGUCAAAGGUUUUCGAGAAUGUGGUGGAACUGAGAGGAUGUGCUCUUUCCCUUCCUCUCUCCCACUAAAGCUUUCUUCAUUCAGAGAAGCUAAAGGGUAUAUUUAUCAUAUAGCGAAGGAUCAACAAGGUUGCCGGUUCUUGCAAAGAAUGUUUGAUGUGGGAAGUCCCCAAGAUGUGCUCGUUAUUUGCAACGCGAUAAUAGAUCACGUUGUUGAGCUUAUGAUGAAUCCUUUUGGGAACUACCUCAUCCAAAAGUUGUUGGAAGUGUGCAAUGAAGAACAAAGGAUGGAAAUACUUCAUAGGGUGACAGAAGAGCCUAGCCAGAUUGUUGGGAUAUCUUUGAAUACUCACGGGACAAGAGUAGUUCAGAAGUUGAUUGAGACAUUAAAAACCAGGGAACAGAUCUCAUUGAUCAUUUCAUCACUUGAACCGGGAUUUCUUUCACUUAUUAAGGACUUGAACGGUAAUCAUGUUAUUCAAAGAUGUUUGCAGUAUCUUCCAAAUGAAGACACUAAGUUUAUAUUUGUUGCAGCUGCAAAGCAUUGUGUGGAUAUUGCAACACAUCAACACGGUUGUUACGUUCUUCAAAGAUGCAUCACCCACGGGAUUGGAAAUCAUCGGGAAAGAUUGAUUGCAGAGAUCUCUUCCAAUGGAUUUCUUCUAGCUCAUGAUGCUUUUGGAAAUUAUGUUGUUCAAUUCAUUUUGGAGCUCAAGAUUCCAUCUGCAAUAUCAAAGUUAAUAUCUCACUUUGAGGGAAACUUUGUACAUCUCUCCACACAAAAGUUCAGCAGCCAUGUGGUUGAAAAAUGUCUUGUUGAAUGCGACUAUAAGGUCAAGUCAAAGAUAGUCCAUGAACUCAUCUCUACAACUCACUUUGAGCGGUUGCUUCAAGACCCUCAUGCAAAUUAUGUUAUUCAAACAGCUCUUCGGACAUCCGAGGGAUGUCUACAUAGCUUACUAAUCGAGGCGAUCGAAUCCCAUAAGGCAAUCACCGGAAACAACCCUUAUUCAAAGAGGAUUUUCUCAAACAAGCUUUGGAAGCGGUGAUGUAAAAUUGUAAAUGGUGGAGAGAGAAAAAGAUGUUGAUAUGAUAUAUAUGUUAUUAAGUUCAUUGGUGAAUCAUAACAUAACCAAUUCAGCUAUCAUAUGUCAAUAAAUGGUCUUCAUUUUUAUUCUUCUAUCUAAUUUCCUUUUCCACAUGGUUUUACUUUCAUUUUCAUUAUAGAGCUGCCAAGUGAAAGGCAAGAUGUUUCUAACAAAUACAAUGCGCAAGUGUACAAUGUACUCAUGUUAUGUUUUUGUGAAUUAUAAGGACACAGCUUAUGCAACGACUAUUAUUCGG